AAUGAUGAUGAUGAUGAUGAUGGUGGUGGUGGUGGUGGAGGAGGAGCAAAACAUUGGGAUUGAUUGGAACAGGUGUGUGCCCUUGUGUGUGUGUUCCAGUGUGGUUCAUCAUUGCUGACAUCUUAUGAUUUUGUUUCAUAGUCUGGUUGAAAUGUUGCUACUCGGAGAGUGUUGACCAAUUCCAAAAUGGAGAGGUUUUACGAUCAAGUUCAACCAUUGUUGCCACUCUCGAUGGUUCCUUCGCCCACGGGCUCCCGGGCCACCAUGGACACGCCCACCAUUGGGAUCAGUGGGGACAAACGAAUGCGGGCAUUGAUUCUCAUUGUAAUCUGCUUGCUUUUAACUAGUGUCCUUUUGAUUUGCUUCUCUUUUCUACCUCCAAACAUCUUAUCCUUUGUGGACCCUGCCAAGUCCAAUGGUUCCACUGAACUUCAUUAUUCGGUGGUCAUUGAUGCUGGAAGCAGUGGCAGUCGGGCUUAUUUGUACACUUGGCCCACGCACUCCGGAAAUCCAAAUGAACUGUUGAAACUGACUCCAUUGACAGGGGAAAACGGGAAACCGAUCUACAAGAAAGUCACCCCUGGAUUAUCUAGUCUUCGGGAGAAACCCUAUGAAGCUUUACUUUAUAUUACUCCUCUGUUGGAAUUUGCUUUGGAACAUAUUCCACCAGAGAAGGUCAGGGAGACACCAUUGUAUAUUUUGGCCACGACAGGCAUGCGGAUGUUGAGUUCCAAAGAGCAGGAUGACAUCUUGACGCAUCUGAGGGAGGGGAUCCUUCAAAAAUAUCAAUUUUUAUUUCCGGAGGGCAAUCUGGAGAUCAUUACCGGGAAACAGGAAGGAAUUUACCAAUGGCUUGCUAUCAAUUACGUCCUCGGGAAAUUUCGACACAGUGAGACACCUCAAGUGAUCUCAUCUGUGAGAGAGAGUGGAGAGGAUGGCCUCAUUUUAAGGCCAAGAACAGUCGGAGCCAUUGAUAUGGGCGGAGCUUCCAUGCAAAUCGCCAUGGAGAUUACAUCCGCCUUACAGUUGGAGGGGCUCUCGGAGCAAGAAAAAAAUCAGGUGGUAGAGAUCAACCUUGGUUGUAAAGAUCACGAUGUUGAGCACACAUAUCGCGUUUUCGUGACCACCUUUUUGGGUUACGGCGCCAACGAGGCCAUGGCCAGACACCGUCGCAAUCUCAUUUUAUCACAAAUUGUUUCUAACACCAGUAUUAUUCAAGGAUUAACAUCCCAACAAAGGAUUAAAGAUCCAUGUUUACCGUUUCACUUUGAUGAUAGUGUGACCAUAAAUUUGGAUCCAAAUAUGUACCACAUCCCUUUCAAUUUGUCGGACAACUUCGGGCCAAGCACUCAAAUUCAUCUAACCGGGACCGGAAAUUGGCGCAAAUGCUUUGAAACCCUCAAGGAUUUCGCCAAAACCAAGGAACCGUUUGCCAAGUGUGAAGGCAAAAACUGUCCGGAUGCGGGGAUCAAAAUCCCGUCCAUCCAAUUUGAAAACUCCGAAUUCUUUGCCUUCUCUGAAUUUUGGUAUUCUAUGGAGGAUGUGCUCAAAAUGGGUGGACCUUAUAUUCACAGCAAGUUUGAGAGUGCUGCCAAGCAUUUUUGCGAGACUCCUUGGGAGUUGACGUGGAACAGAUUCAAUGCGGGUCAAUUCAGGAACGCAGAUCGUCAACGAAUGGAGACGCAAUGCUUUAAGAGCAAUUGGUUGACCGUGGCUCUUCAUGAAGGCUUUGACUUCCCGGAUACGUACUCUCAUUUAUCAGCCGCCCCUGAGACGGUCAACGGGAAAGUGGUUCAUUGGACGCUUGGAGCGCUCCUGUAUAGAACGCGUUUCUUGCCUUUAAGAGCAAUUGAGUCCAAAGCUCAAGAACGAGUACACCAUGGACCAUAUCAUUCUGCAUUUGCCUCCGGAUAUCUUUAUUCGCAUUACAUUGUGUUGCUGUGUCUCAUCUUUGUGAUAAUUGCCAUAAUUGUCUAUUUGGAUCGGCUCAAAAGAUAUAUCCGUCCCAGUACGUUUCGAAAAGUGCCUUCGGUGCCAUUCUGGCCUCCCACCUCAAAUGGGUAUAAUUCGAGGCUAGAUGUUGAGGCUGCUCAAUCGGAUGCCAAUAAUAGUUACCAACAUGAAGAUUUGCUCAUUGGGAGCUCCAUUCCAUCGGGUGGCUUGAAACAUGACUACACCUAAAUCCCUUGACGAGACCUGCUGAAUGCCCUUACCUUCAUCAUCUAAUAGUGGAGUGUCUAAUGGCGUCGACCCAAAGGUCAUUGAGCAGAAUUUUAUUCCAUUCAAGGCCAUAUUACUCGCAGCAACCCAAGAGUAGAUUUGGUCUAGGACCUCUACCAGACAACUAGUAUUCUGACCAUUCCUAACCACUACCAAUUUAUAUCAUCAACAUAGUAAGAGAUACUGACACUACUACUACCAAGCUUCUGAAGUGGAGCAAUGAAGAUGAUGAAAAAGAGAGGACCCAAAAUGGAGCCCUGAGGGACACCCGACUUGACAUCAUGUAUGUCACUAAGCGAUCCCUCAACCUUAACUAAUUGUUUCCUACCACAAAUGAAACUUCUUAGCCAAUUGAGAACCUUGCCUUGGAUCCCAAUCUCAUGGAGCCUGUUAACUAAAAGGCCAUGAUCUACCUUGUCAAAGGCCUUGGCAAAGUCGAGAUAAACUACAUCGACUGAUUCAUGGCUCUCCAGUCCCUCAAUAACCUGCUCUAUAUGCUCAAUCAGUUGGGUAACCGUGCUAAAAUGUGCUCGGAACCCAUGCUGUCUAGGAGGAAGGACUUCAUGUAUAUCAAGAAAUUCAACAAGUUUGAACUUCAUGAUCUUCUCAAACACCUUCGCAAUAUUCGAAGUGAGAGAAAUCGGCCUAUAGUUACUGGGGAGUGACUUAUCUCCCCCUUUGAAAAUUGGAACAACAUGAGCUACCUUCAGAGAAGAGGGGAACUUGCCCUGGUCCAAGAUGCAACGCAUCAAGUACGAGAAAACAGGAACAAGAACCAGUGAACAUCUCAUCAAAAAUUAAAAUGUCACACCAUCAGGGCCAGGAGAGCUGGAU